CAACACAUCUUGAUACAGCUGCUGGUGGCCACAGUGUCCAGAGGAGGCAAUGGGAUAGGGUGGUGCUACAGGCAGGCCCUGUGCAGCCACCCUGUUCCUUAUUGUCCCCAGACUUUAACCAUUUUUUUGCCAUGUGCCCUUAGGGACAGAUCUCUGUGGGACAAAAGACCUUCCAGCACGGCCUGGAGAAGAAGGAGGAUGCAAACCCUGGCAUCACACUUACCACAUGGCCAACACUGACAUCACAGCCACUCAGAGCAUGGCAAACACAAAGGAUUCUGCCCCCAACAUGGAUUUUUUUGGGGAGAGAGUUGUUUCCCACCCAAAUGAAGUGCCGGACCUUGUGAGGCACAUGCACCAGAAACUUGUAUCCAAUGCACCUCCAAAUGACAGGAUGUUAAUGGACAUCGUGAGGCUGGCUGAGGCACACCCUGCUGAUGUCGCAGGUCACCCUCCUGCGCUGUGCCCCAUCAUGUGACAGAGCUGCUAGAAUCAUGUGGAGGACAAUAGCCUCAUCAGGAAUGGCACUGGAGAAAGUGCUGCCAACACUGCUCUGUGUGCUGGAGGACUGGCCCCUGCACAGCACAUGCACCUCCGAUGGGGACACAACGAGAGUCUUUGCCCUGGCUGCAACCAGGGUGGUUUGGGAGAUUCUCUGCCUGCCCUGGUGCCCAGCACCAUUUAUGGAAUAUUCCCCCCGCCUCCUGGUGGCUCUGCUCUUCCAAGUUUUUGUCAGCACAUUAGAUAUGCCAGAGGAGGUUAAUACCUUCUGGAAGGGAUACCAGGAGCAACUCAGCCUUCCCAUCAGCAUCAACAGGUUUGCAGUGCAGACCGUGAGGGCACUGCUCCGCCAUUUGCGGUGUCUGGAUUUACUGGUGGCAGUGGAACGCAAGUGUGGCUGGGAGACACUGCUCUGUGCUACCACCCACCACUAUGCCAUGGGUCUGCUGGCCAGGGAGAUGCACCGUACCUCGAGCCCCUUGUGUUCCUGCAUUGCACUCCGCCUGCUGGGGCUGCUCAGCACACGGGAGCCGCGCUGGGACCUGCCUGCCCUGGCAUUCCUUGUGGAGGUCCUCGAGUGCCAUGACAUGAAGGAAUGGAGUGACAGUGCCCUGGAGAUAAUUUCAAGGCGCCUGCAGAGCAAAUCCAAGGAAAAACGUCGCCUGGCACUCAGAGGCCUUGUGGUUCUCAGCAAGGAUCCCUCGCUGGCCGAAGGCAUCCGGAGUCUGACACAGAGCCUCAUGGGCCUACUGCAGGAUGCAGAUGGAGAAGUGGUUGCAUUGAUCCUCUCUGUAUUCUUGAAUGAGCUCGAGGACAGAGCCACUCUAAUAUCCAGUCCCACUGCCCUGCAGCUGGCUGAGGUGCUUCAGCAACUCUUUGACCAUGACAACAGUCAUGUGCCUCUGCUCUCCAUUCGCCUCUUCCGAGCAGUGAUGGAGCUGGUAAUGGACAAGGGAAAAAAACCCCUGAAGAAACAUGUGAGCCAGAGCCUUCUCCCACUCUUCUUCCACUACCAUGACCAGAACUGGCACGUGGCAGAGGCCUCUUGGGAAACGUUGCUUUGUGCGGCCAAAUUCCUGAAGAGAAGGCGCCUGAAGCAGCUGGUGAAGAAGGAACAGCUCUGGAUGUUCGCCGAGUGCCUGCUGGCAGAGGACAGGAGCCGAGCGGCCGAGCACCUGCGCCAGGCCCUGCGGUACCUGCGGAGCCCACAGGAGCCCCUGCGAGAGGCGGCCGUCAGGUUCAUGGGAAUCGCAGGGCGGUACUUGCAGAGGCAGCAAGAAGAGACCCGGCUCAUCUACAUGGCCCUUCAGGACCUGACUGAUGACAUCAGCCCUGCCGUCUCGAGCUUGGCACUUCAGACCCUGCAACUCUUAAGAGCUGCGCAGAGAGCUCCAUAUUCUUCAGGUUUCAGAAGGUGCAAGACUACUUCUAGAAGGGUGGGGGGUAGGGGCAGCCCAAAGGCUGCCUUGUGGGGCAGUUUGUGGACGUCUAUGAACAACUAAUCCCAGGAGCUCCGUCUGCUGAGGCCACUUGAGCCUGCAGGGAAGACCUCAUCUCAGCAUGGAAAUAUGAAAUCACUGUUGUCAUGCA